AUGGAUCCUGCGAGAAAUGGAUAUGGAGCUAUAGGCCAAGAUGACCCAGAGGAAAGGAAAAGAGCUCAAGAAGAUUCUACAAGGAAAGAAAUAGUGGCUCAGGAAACCCCUAUUCGUGCGUAUUGCAAAUUCUGAUUAAAAACAUACAUGACAAAAGUUGAGAGUGAAUGCAACUGUAGUGAAGUUCCUCUGUGCUUAUACAUGGUGUUGUUCUGCCCUCUCUGUUACUGCUGUCUUCCAAACCAAUGAAGACAAACUAGGCAAUUUUACCACUCCUGCACUAACUGUAACCAAAAGUUAUUCAGAGUUGUCAACAGUAUCACCUCUGCAUUCCAGUUUAUGGGGCAAGAAAUUGAAAAUGUUGGAGAAGAGAUCAAAGAAAUGGAGGAACAGAGAAGAGAUGAGGAAAGGCAACAAAGAAAUGCACCUGGUGCAGCAUCAGGAGGUGCUCCAGGAGGUGCUCCAGGAGAUGGUGCUGCUGGAACUCAACCACAACCCUCAUCUCACCCUCAAGAAGAAAGGGUAGUUGAGAUACCCGACUAAUAAACUAAAACUUAUGAUAAUUCUUAUGUUACAAAUCUAAUGUGC